UAUGAAGGACAUUUAUACUUACAGGUUAAUUACAACUCACUUUUACGCACCUUUAAUUUGCAACGAGGCUGAUUUUCUGCAUAAACACGUGAUCAAUAUAACGGGUUUAUAGGUUACUCUGUUUUCUUAUACGGUGCUGACAGAUAAGAGGCCAUGGCUUUGCUUCCUUUUAAUUUGCCCCCAACUCACUGCAGAUCCUGUCCACCUUGACAAGGCCAGUGGGACUCACUGCCAUUGGGUGUCGCUGUGCGCGCAAAGUCUCCACCGGCAGGUUUUGGUCCGACCGGACCCUAAACACAGUCUGAAGUGUCAGAUAGUCUUGUUAACACGUGAGAAAUUCAGUGUAUGGAAGUGGGCGAAAGAAGGGGAAAACAGGGAGAGAGAUAGGGCUGCAAAAUUACGCGGAAGAAAAGAGCUUGCGAAAGAGUUGGACCUGGAGGAAACUGCCCGUGAUCUCAAUGAGGGAAUGCCGAAAAGGAGAGCAGACAGGCGGCCAGAGCACCAGACAUGAGUUCGAGGUGGCGGACUGAAGACGAUGCUGGAUGCCAUGGAAGUUCCAAGUCAUGCUAGGGAUCUCCUCCUGCAACUCAACAGCCAGCGCACCAAGGGCUUCCUGUGUGAUGUUAUCAUUGUGGUGCAGAACGCCCUUUUCAGAGCUCACAAGAACAUUCUGGCUGCCAGCAGCCUCUACUUGAAAUCUCUGGUGGUCCAUGACAAUCUCAUCAACCUCGACCACGAGAUGGUGAGUCCAGGGGUCUUCAGGGUCAUUCUGGACUACAUCUACACGGGCCGCCUUACUGAGGGAGACCCCACUUCUCCCACUGAACCCAAUCUAGGGGCUGUCUUGGCAGCAGCCAGCUACCUGCAGCUGCUUGAUCUAGUGGCUUUGUGCAAAAAGAAGAUGAAAAGACAUGGCAAGUACCCUCCACGUCCAGGUCCUGCAUUUCUGCCCUACCCAAAAAUGGGACCCAAUAAUAUGGGAUUAGGGAGCGGUGGCAGGUAUAGGGUUCCUACUCCUGUCAUUCAGCCCUGCCCUCCAGGAGGAAUUGCACCCCGGGCACCAUCACUAGAGGAGCUAGUUCCACGUCAACUAGCCAUCCAUGCUGGGGAACUGUAUGCCCCCACCUCCGCCCAGGGCACUCAGGUGUUCCCGCCCCUGCAAUCAGUUCUGCCUGGCCGGCUUGGCCACUCAGCCCACCCUGAGAGGAACUGCUCCCCCAACUAUGGCCUUGAUCUCUCCAAGAAAAGCCCCAACUCCCAGUCUCAGCACACACCCUGCCAGUCCCAUCUGGCAAACACUCACAAUGAUGAGGAGAGAGACGAGACUCUGAGCGGCCGCACUAGCCCCAUGCAGGGGACGAAUGGCAGGGCCUUCCCCUCUGAAAAAAUGGAGUCAACCGACAAGACAGCCUCCCUCAGUCCUCCACCUUUCCCCCAUCUCAACCAGCCUCUUGGUCCACACCCUCCACACCUGCGCUGCUCAGGCUCCCAGGGCACAGAUCGCUACCCAUGCCCCACCAGCCCUGACACCCCCACGGAAAGUGGAGAGGCAGGCAGGGAAAUGGGCAACAUCUACCGCUGGGUGAAACAUGAGCCACUGUCCUAUGCAGGUGAAGAUGAAGAUGAGGAAGAGGACGAGGAUGAGGGGGGUGAAAAUGGAGACCAGCAUCAUAACCACCACAAGGCUGGGGAGGAGAGUGAGGGAGCAGAUGACAAGAGCGGGUCAGGCACAGAGGAGACAGGCAGCAGUGAAGGCCGUCCCUCCCCUCCCGGACCAAUGGGGAGGUUCCACAUGCGUUAUGAGCCAGAGAGCUUCGGGGACAAUCUGUAUGUCUGCAUUCCUUGUGACAAAGGCUUCCCAAGCUCAGAGCAGCUCAAUGCACACGUGGAGACACACACAGAAGAGGAGCUGUACGGCAACUCUGGUGGGGAGAUGGGAAACAGCAAUAACAGCAGCACCAAAAACAUGAGCAGUAAUACAAAUGGCUAUGGGAGCCUGAACAGCAGCAACAGCUUGAACAGUCUGUCCCAUCUGGAGACCAAAUCGAGCCAGGGGCUGAAUUCAGGUGGCAUCGGGGAGAUGAUCCGACCCUACCGCUGUUCCACCUGCGAGAAGUCCUACAAAGAUCCAGCCACUUUGAGACAGCAUGAGAAGACCCACUGGCUGACACGGCCAUACCCUUGCAGCAUCUGUGGCAAGAAGUUCACGCAGCGUGGUACUAUGACGCGCCACAUGCGUAGCCACCUGGGCCUUAAACCUUUCGCCUGCGACUCCUGUGGCAUGCGCUUCACCCGCCAGUAUCGCCUCACUGAGCACAUGCGCAUCCACUCUGGGGAGAAGCCCUAUGAAUGUCAAGUGUGUGGGGGAAAGUUUGCCCAGCAGCGCAACCUCAUUAGCCACAUGAAGAUGCACAGUAGUGGUGGGGCUGGAGGGGGCCUGACCACAGAUGGGAAACUGAAGCUGGACUUUGCAGAGGGCAUCUAUCCCCUGAGUAAAUACACAGCAGAGCACCUGGGGCUGAAGCAGGAGAAGGCCAGUGAACUUCUCAUCCAAGCCCAGCAGCAACUGGUAGCUGAUGCAAAGGUCAUGGAGAGCCUCUACCCACUGUCCAAACUGGCUGCGGAGCACCUGGGCCUCUCCCACGACAAGAUGGAUGUCUUGGGCCAACCUCUGCCCCCUCCCCCACAGGCCCUGUCUGAAACCCGCACCAUUGACCGCUACUCACCCAGCUAAGGCCCGUAUAAAUGUCAGUCACCAGUAGGUGUGUGUGCACACACAACUUGCAGUAUUCUAAAGCCAUUCACCUCAACUCAGUAUCUCCUCUGCACCUCAGACUCAGGCCAAAAGGAAUUGGUCUGCUAAUGCACACCAAAAUGUGUAGACUGUAAGUGCCUUUCUAUGCAUCUAAUGUAUCCUAAAGUGCUCCUUCAUAAAGGAGGUCUGUGCUAUUCCACGACCAAGGGACACUCACUCAAAGAAGUACAGUAUUUAUGUACAGUGUAUGCAAACAUUUUUUUAAAUUUCAGCCAUUGAGCCAAAGUGACAAAUUGAAAGCCAAAAUGAAAUUGUUUUAUUUAUUUUUGUAUCAUGGUGAAAUCCAAAGAGAAACUGUUGCAAGGAAAUAUUGCAAUCAGACCCUAAACCUGUGUACUAUUAAGUGUCAUCUGUGUACAAGAAAUGAAAAAGCACAUAAGGACUAAGAUUCAGGGUUUGUGUCCAGACCUGAGCGGAACUUUUAUCAAAUGAAUAAGCCAACUCUUCUGGACUUUAAAGUAAUGGGAGGAUAUAUUUUUGCUUUUUUUUUUUUUUUUUCCUUUUCUGUUUUUGGGGUACUGGACAAUUUAUGUAUCUCACCUUCCAGCUUCUUCCCCAUCAUGUCCCUGCUUCCCAAGUCGCAAGGAAACUGAACAAUAAGAGCAGUGGCUUCAGCAUUUCGGUAAAGUCUCCUCUGCUUACUUUUCUCCACAUUUUUUUUAAGAGUAACCCACUCCUCUGCAUAUUUGUGCGGAUAAAGGCUCAUGCUAUUUGAAGGUAAUGGUAGCUUAAUCAGCCUUACCCUCAGUGUGUAACCCUUCUUGAGCAAAGAUUUACUUUGCAUUUUGACUAACAUCCCUCAGCCUUCAGUCGUUAUUGAGAUGCAGUAAGCACAGCCCUGUGAUCUCAUAACUGGGACAUGAUUGCACAUACCCAACUGAUGACACACUAAUCCCUGUUCACGAUGAGUGUAGCCUCAUCUCAUGGUGUAGACGAAGCAUGGGUGUUGCCUCUGACAUUGUGUAAUAUUUACAAAUGCAGCCGAGGCAGGCAGCAGAGGCAUGGACCAGGUCAGAAUUAGCGACACAGAAAUCUGUCAUUUACUGUCAAGAGCAAUUACUCCAUUCACAGCAGCCUGAUGAUUAAUUGUGGAGCGGCAGUAGUCAAAUGCUGCAUUGGACGCUGCUCUGCUCCACUGUCCGACCUCUCAUUUGACCUCCCUCCCCUGUAGUCUGUUGUCUGGGAGCCCUGCUACUGUUGACAGGCCAAAGUGAGUUCCGCACUCAGCCCUUUGCCUUAAAAGUGCUCCACACACCACACGCAUAUACACUCCUCCUCCACACACACAUAGCAAGCUGCUAAUCUGUCAGUCAUAUGAACAUAAGAAGGGGUUUGUGGGUCCUCCCUGGAAGCCAACGGCUGAACAGCACACCCCAGCUGCUGUGGCUCAGUAAUCCCUGUGAAAUCUCACUUUCUUCUGGACAAUUCGCACUGCUUGCCGGCAUGAUGUCCCAUUUCAUGCCUGCCAUCUUACCCCUCUGAUCCACUUAUUAACAUCAUAUCCAAGCCUAGCAAAUGUCUCCCGGCCUCUCCUCCUUUCCCCGCUGGUAUCAAACGCGGAAACAAAGAAUGACAUAUUUCUGUGUUGGCUGACCAGCAGUUCCUCCAGCUUGAAAACAAAAGAGCACUUAAAGGUUGCGGGUUGAAGGCACAUUCUUGUCUUUGAAUGUUUAUUCCAAAGAACAUGCUGCCCUUUUCUCAUUUUUAUUUUUCCACUUUUACUGGUCCUUGAUUCAGAUUAGAAAUGUCUGACCACUAUAGUGCCAAUGCCAACCUCAGUGGGUGAAUGUGAAGACUAAAGCCAUAAAUACACUGUGAUAGACGUAGUGAAUCUUAAAGGCUUAAAAAAAAACAAAACAUAGACAAUGUGCCUGACUUUUGGGAUUGUUUUUUUUUUUUUUUUUUUUUUUAAUGUAACAGUAAUUUAAGGGCUUCUUUUCUGUAGCAUAUGAUCAUAUCAAACAUGUUGUUUCCUGUCACUUACUUUUCUUUACUUCAUUUUGAUUUGAACUGAACGCAGUGCACGUGAAAACUGGUGCUUACCUCAGGACUGAACCCAGCAUGGGGAUGCUAAGCUUUAGUAAACCUUCAAAUAACAAUGUCAUCACACAUACACAGACACACAUGCACACAUUCACACACACUUUUUUUUUUUUUUUUUAGUUUUCUUAUUAACAGGGCCGUGGUCCUGUGUUAAACCUGUGGUUAUUUCUGUGUUUAUAAAUUUCUUGUUACAGUUUUAUGGUGGUGAGAUAACAUGUGAUAUUAACAUUUCUGUUUUUAUUUUUACUAUGCGGUAUACAUUUUCUAUUGUGUUGUCCUCAAAGAGGCUUGUGUCGGUCUGACCUGUUCCCCUGUUGUAACAUAAGGCAAAGUUAUUUUGGUAGUAUCGUAACUGGCUGUGAAUCUCUGAACCACACUUUAGUGAGCAUGAUGGCAUUGGUCUUUGGUUUCGCCCACACAAACAGGAAAGACUAGGUGGUGAGUGUAGUGUUUUGCCUAUGAGACAUUAUGUAUUAACAGUAACUCUCUAAACAGACAAGCAGUGGCUUUUCUGGGCAAGUAGGAAAAUUACCUCCAUAUUGGUAGAUCCGUUUUCUCCAGAGGUUGGUGAACUUUCGACGAGAGUCGGAAUGAGGCCGUGCAUGCACACAAACACACAGGAAGCCUGCUUGUCUUCGUUGAUGCUUCGAGUGUUGGGACUCUGUUGUUAAGAUCUGUAACAAAAAACAAAAACAAAGAACAGUUUAAAUUAAACAUUAUUAACAGAAGGAACUUGGUCCACGAACAUGUGCAUACGUGUUAAAAACAUAGGAACAUGCGGAUGUCGGUCGUGGGAAUUUCAGUCCCCUCACUCCCUCACAUUCACUAGUUUAAAUGAAAAUCCGUCUCCUCUUUUCCCUGCUUUACGCCAUUAAAACAACAUUAAUUGUUUCCACUGUCACUUCAAAUCUGUGCAGGAGGGAAGAGCAAGAUAAUGCCUGAACAUUUAUGUAGGAUGUGCACUGUUUGAAAUUUGCCUCAUUGCAUUAAUGUGUGUGACAGACAGAGGGGGAAGGCUGUGUAUCUAUAGAAAGGGGAAACAUUUUCUUGUCUGUUUGUGUGUCACUAUUCUAUUUGAGCAUAUAAGGGGGCUGUUAAUGCAUGUCCUGGGAAUAGGGCUGGUGUGAAGGAGAAGAGCUGAGGAGCAGGAAGUGAACUUUUGGCUGGCGUGUUGUGUUGAGCAGGAUGUGCCCUGUGUUUCUGCUCAGAGGCAGAUAGAGAGACGGAGAAUAGGGAGGGAGAGGAGCAGGGAGAGCGCAGCAGGGUGGACACGAGCCAUUGUCUCAGUAUGAAAGCCUGUUCGUACUUCUAAAACUCUCCAUUCAGAAAACAAGUAGACUGUAUCUUCUCUUUUCCUUCCCCUUUUUGCUCUUUGGGAAUAAACCUCUGCUCAGCAUCACGAUGAUACGACAUUGUGGCCUUUAAAGAGCUGCACAGUGAGGAAGCCAUUCAGACAUUUUGUUACAAUUUGAGGAUGUUGUGGAUUAAUUUUUUUGGCAUCCUUUUGGUCACAGGAAUUCAUUACAGCAUUUUCCCCACAUUAUGUCCACAUUUUGAAUGUUUUAAAAAAAAUUGGGACAGGGCUGAUCAAUAGGAAGGGCAUAGAAACUGCAGUGUAAAUCAUAAUUAAAAAAUUGGCAGUGUUUCUUUUGCUCUGUGGUUGAUUCUGUUAGUAAAAUUAGAAGAGUCUUGUUUCAAUUUACUGGCGUAGCCACUCACCCCAUGGGGUUUUAUGCCAUAUGCCUUUGUUAAUGUUAUUUAUACGACACGUCAACUCAGAAAACCUCUCAUUGCCACCAGAGUGGUUUAGAUGAAGAUGUUUUGAAAGUAAUAAAGCUAGACAUUUAAAGCAAUUAGUUACAUUAAUUAAUAUUAUGAGAGUGAAUGAAUACAAGUAUAACUGAGUGCAGUCAGACAAACCACUAACUAUGAGAUGUGGGUUGAUCCUUUUAUUUUAUUUUAUUUUUUAGGCCAUUUCAUUCCUUUUUAAUGUAAUGGCAACCAUCCCAGGCCUGUAACUUUUCUAACACUAACAAUGUAGAAGUAAAAACGGUCUGAAUGAGUUCCAACAGCUCCGUGUAGACCAAAAAAGGGGUUUGGUUUAAUGUAAAAAAAUGCAAAGUAUGUCUUUAAGCUUUCUACCAGCGGCAGCAGGCCGAGGUCACCUAUGUGACUGACAAGCUGAAUAGUCAUGACCUGCAAUCAUGCCGCUGUUUGACAUUUAUUGUGUUUCACGCUGUGUGCCAAAAGGACUGAAGCACUUAGCAGACAUCGCAAACAAAACUCAGCAACAGUCUUUGUAGUUUCCACGGGUUGCAUUGUCAAUCUGAGCCUCUGACCAACUUUGACUUUGCCUUGUUAUGAAAGCCAUAAUCUGUGUGGCUAAUCAUGAGAGCAGAGCACAGACAUGCCACUAUUGUCCAGUGUACAUAUUUCUUUUUAUGAGGACUCAUGUUUAAAUGUGAGCUACAGCCAAAUAUUAUCAGUAGUCAAGCCUUAUUUUGGCAAUAAACUGAUCCUUGAGUCAACCAAUACAAAUGUGCCUUCAGUAGAACAAGCAUUUAGUGAUUUUGCAAUAAUUUGUAUGAGCGCAUGUGUGUGUGUAUGUGUUUAGGUUUUCUAACGUGUCCACAUAGUGCACCUGUCCAUCUACAUGUCUGAACGCCUUUCCCACAGUGUAGCAGGGUGAAGUACAAGGGAGAGAUCUGACACUUUCAAGGGUCUUUAUUACAAGCAGCUGCUUUAGAUUUAUUUCCCCGAACUGCACUUUUCUGGAAAAAUCAUUGUAUUGUGAUUUUUUAUUACUCUUAUGAUCCCCUAGAAGUCCCACAAUUGCCUUUCCUCUGGCACUUUGCUUCCUUCGCUUUCCUCCUCUUCCUCCCUCCAGUGCAGAGCUUGGCCACACUUGUUCACCGCCCUUGUUACCUCAAAGCACAGCUUUCCUCCUCACCUCUCUGUCCCUUCUCUCUUCUUACACUCAACGCAAACCGCUGACCCACAGCGCCCGCUGCCUCCCCCCUCUCCCGUGAUCCACUUACUUCCAGCUGUUUUUCAUGCUGAAGAAGACAGUUGUCUAAAUGUUUAUGUGAAGAGCUACUUUCUUUUUCUUUAAGCCCUGAUCAAUUUCCAAAAUGAACUUUGUGGCAUGUGUUAAAAUACAGCAGAUGAUGGGCCAAAUAAAAAAAGUCUGACAUCGUUAUUGUAUUCUGAUCCCCAAGCCAAGAAACGGCUUACAAAGGGGAGAUUAAAGACAGCAUAUCGUUGUAGAGGAAAUGCAGAAUAAUGUGAGGGGAAAUGUUCAGGGGAAAAUAUGCUCAGAAAGAUGCCAGUAAAGUAAACAUGUAUGAAAUUGCACAAUUGAGCUGGGCCUCGGCUGCGCCAGCCAAGUCAUGCGCUGAGAUGGAGGGAACAAGUAAGGGAGAAGGGUUGAGAGGAAAAGAACCAGAAACAGAGAGAAAAAUAGCUUGUGCUUGAUAGUCCUAACCUUCAGUAAAUAACAAAGGAAAACUGGUUGCCUUGUGUGUUCUGUCAGCUCACUCUAUUUCAUUUUCCUCUGCAAGGAAAUUAUCUUGUGAGGAAAUUAAGGUUUUUUUUUCCCCUUUCAUUGUUAAUUUCUGCAGGUCAUUGCCAAUUUUUUUUUAAUGUUCAUGUCAGCAUGCCCUCUGAGAUGUCAUCCUCUUUCCAGACCUUACAAUUAUCACCCAAUCAGCACAUGACCCACAGUAGGCUCUUUGUAGUUGAAUAGGGAAGGGGGUUCUGGCUGCCCAUGUCCUCCUCCUGCAUCUGUUUAGCUUGGAUCGCUGUUUCUUUCUCUACCUUGGACAAGACAAGACAGACUAAGUGGACUUUGGCUUGAAUCUUUGUGUUUACAGUGUACAACCUCUGCUCCAGAAGUUUAAAUUCAAAGGCAAACAAAGAGCAAGGACAAAACAAGCGGGAAUUUGGAAGAGUGAAAGUUGGUCAGGGAGAAGAUUUGAUUGUAUAUCUGUAUAUCACACGCACUCACUCCCACACACACACACACACACACACACACACACACACACACACACACACACACACACACACACACACACACACACACACACACACACACACACACACACACACAGCUGGAUGGCAGACUGCUGCUUCAGAUUAGGUCAGAUUUAAUUAGGUUGCCCUGCUCCGUUUGGAGUGUCGCUUCUUGUAGAAAAACCCAUUAUUAAAGAAAAGGCGAUUCCACUGACGCCUUCCACCCAACACACACUGAAACCUGUGCCAAAAUGUUACAGAGCCUCAGGGUCCUCACACGCACAUGCACACCAAGACACACACACACACACAAAAGCAUCUACUCUGGUUUUGGAAAAAGGUUUUGUGUAGAAAUGAUGGAUUAUGAUCUAAUGAAGAUCACAGUGACGUUUUUAGGUGGUUGUACUCGACUGGUUGUGGUUCAGGGAUAAGGAAGUUCAACAGUAACACAAACUGCCACGCAGACAGUAGUAGCUACAGAUAGUAGGGAAAAAAAAUACAUACAUCACAAAUUUACAAUGGAGAUUAGAUUUUUUCAGAGGAAGACAGAGUCUUAUUUCAGCAGGCAUGAAGCAGAUGUUCGUGAAACAUCAAAAAUGUCCAGUGUUUCAUUUUGUGGUUUUACAACAGUUUAUACCAUUAAAACAAUUAAAAGCAAUACAUUAAACCAAACAGUAUUUUUGCAUUUUCUGCAUUUCAUGUCAAUAUUGAUCUUACUUUGCUUUAGUGAAAUGAAUGUAUUUAUUGCAUGUCAAAAUGUUUUAUAGUUAAUUUUUUUUUUUUGUAAAUUUCAAUUGUGGGUUUUUAUGAUAAUUUCAUUUAAUUAUGGUGUCUUGAUUAAAUCAUGUUGAUAAGGCUUUUAUUUUUUUUAAAAGCCAAUGUGAAAAAUGUCAUGUUUCUUUGUUUGUUACUAUACUCAAAAUCAACUUGGCAAUAAAAUGAAUUGCAUAAUGGA